AUGCGCACUAACACCAACGAACUGGCAACUCCUGACGGCACCGAAGGGUCGAAAGGAGUGGUGGAGAAUUCUGAGGAUGCUGUCGUUCGUUUAACAGUUCAGCAUAACAGAAGUCAUUACUCUCUCGAACUCAGGCCUGACUGCACCGUCGAAGAUUUGAAGGAUAAGCUUGAAGCGGUUACCAACGUGCCAGUUGACAAACAAAAGUUGAUAUUUCGGGGUAUUCUUAAGAACGAUAUGAAAAUUGCGAAUCUUAAAUUACCUGGGCGAGAAGCAAAAAUAAUGCUAAUCGGUACUGAAAGGGAUGCACCAGUGGCUUCAGAUCUGUCGACAGUCUCUGCGACCGAGUCUGAUACGAACACAGAAAAUGAACCCCCUCCUGAGGAAGAUAAAGAAAUUGUCGCAUGUCACAAACAUGUUAUAGAGACUUUUGGCAAACCGGACAAUGCCAAGACGAGUUUCAGUGUACCAGUGACGCUGGCAGAUAAUGAGACAUUGACGGGCUUGCUGGACAAGAAGGGUAAACCGCUGCGACUUCGCUUCCAUCCGGAAAGCUCUGAACUUUGGAUGGCGACCCCUUCUGCUACUUACAAGAUACCUCUGGACACCGUUAAAGAAGUCGAACACCAUCCCAUUCUUGGCCAUCCGGGUUACCACAUCAUGAGCUUCCAACUUGGUCCCACACGGAAAUCACGCUUUUUCAUCUACUGGGUGCCUGAACAGUACGUCGCCUCCAUCAAGAAAAAGGCUCUUUUACUCAGAUCGGAACGGUGA